GUUACCCAAAUACUAAAGACUUCUUAUAACUUAUCAAUCUUUAGUUACACAUCAAUUGUCCUACAAUAACAUAUCUCAACAACAAAAGUAAACAAAUCCUAGAUAAAAUUUCUUUAUAAAAGACGAAGAAAAAUAUUGAUCGUCUUUGUUAUCAAUUUGAAAGUACUAAAGCGAAAUGAUUCUUAACAUUAAAGGAGAUGUAGACAAUAUUACUAAAAGACAAUUAGAAUUUAUAAGUGACGUGCUCAGCAAGCAAAGAAUCGUCGUGAAUAAUGUGGUCAUAGAAAAUGUUGGUGAGAAAGGUGAUAAUUACGGUUCUCAAGUUAAAAGAAUUAAAGUUCAGUAUAAAAAUGGCGGAGAAUUCAAAAUGAUAGCAAAAGUGAGACCGGAUAAUAUGAAAAUACAGAAUCAAACAGUGAAAUCUGUUUUCAUUAAUGAAAUUAUUAUGUUCAACGAAGUACUACCUAAGUUCAAAGAGCUGCAAGAAAACGUAUUUGUUCCAAAAGAAGAUUUAUUUCAAUAUCCUCUUUGUUAUGGAACUCUCGAUGAAAGAGACAAUGAGAUUCUACUGCUAGAAGAUCUAAGUGUAUCCAAUUUUUUUACAUUAGACAAACUUAAGCCAUUGGACAAUGAUACAGUAAAACUUGUUCUGAAUAAUAUAGCAAAUAUGCAUUCUUUGUCAUGUGUAUUAAGAAAAAAAGAACCGCAAUUAUUUAAUAAAAUUUUAGAUGCAUUAUUUCAUCCUUUGUUCCAUCCUAAUAAUAUGACUAAGACACGAAUAUUUUUGGAGAAUAUUCUAAAAGAUUUUGAGGCUGUUUUUGAAACUAGUAGAUAUCGAAAUAUAAUUGUUGAUAUAAUGAACGUUUUAGUUAACGCUUCAAUGGAAUUAAUGUCAAGUGAUAGCAAGUCAAAGUACAGUGUUAUUCAGCACGGAGAUUUAUGGACUAACAAUAUCAUGUUUUUAAUUCAGGUUUGCAUUUACGUCUUUCCUACAAACAUACAAUCUUUAACAGUGGAUAAUCAAAAACUUAUGUGUACGUUCAUAGAUUAUCAACUCUCCAGAGAUAGCUUACCAGUUUCUGAUAUUCUAUAUUUCAUAUUCACUUGCACAGACUAUAAAACACGAUUGAAGCACUAUCUUAAUUGGAUGGAUUUUUAUCAUUCAGAAUUAGAUAGACAUCUAUCAUAUUUCGAUCUUAAAGUCGACGAUGUUUAUCCAAGACAAAACUUUGACGCUGAUUUGAAAAGAUACGCUAAACCAGCGUUGGGUAUGUCAUUUUUUGUGUUAAAUUUUUCAUUAAGAUCACCACAAGAAGCACCUGAUUUAGUAAUGGCGAAUAUUGAUGGAACUGAACAAAUACCUCAAUUCAAAAUGGGAGCCUUAUCGGACAAAACCUUUGAAACAAUUAACGAACGCGUCGAAGGAGUUAUCGAAAGCUGUUUUGACUUUGGAUAUCUAACUGAUGUAAAUAGAAUAUAAUUAUAACAAAACUUUGCCAGUAUAC